AUGGCUCGACUGGUGUUGUGCACGUUAGCACUGCUUGCAACAAGCGGGCUUGCGGAUCCUAUCAAAAAGAUUCCGCAGAAAGUUGCUGAUCCCGAAUUUGUGCAACAUCAGGUGGAUAUAUGGCACUUAUUCUACCACGUUCACGAACCCAUUCACCAGCCAGAACUGCAAGUGAUUGUGAACACCUGGGACCUUGAGAAGAAUAUUGAUCACUAUACUAAUGUCACAGCUGUGAAAUUGUACGCAGAAUUAAUUGAAAAAGACCUGCUGCUGCCUCGUAGUGUGCCAUUCUCUGUUUUGGAGUACUCGCACAGAUUUGAGGCUAAAGUCUUGUACGAUGUUUUCUACUCAGCGAAAGAUUUCAGCACACUUUAUAAAACAGCUGUAUACCUAAGGAACAAGGUCAAUGAAGGUCUUUUCGUCUACGUCUUAAGCGUCGUAUUGUUACACCGUCCGGACACGCAAGGCAUAGUAAUUCCACCAAUUUUUGAAGUUUUCCCUUCAUACUUCCAUAAUGCUGAAAUCAUGACCACCGCCCAGAGAAUAAACACACACGGCAAGCGAAUGAUUGAACAUUAUCCAUCAACUUAUGUGUGGGAUGACAAUGUUGUGAUUAGGUGGAACAGCACUACAUGGCCCUACUUCUAUAACGACGUUCUCACCUAUUUCACACAUGAUGUUACCCUGAACGCAAUUUACUACAACUUUCACCUGAUGUAUCCAUCUUGGCUUGGAAACGAAGCCACGCCCUUAGUGAAGGACAGACGCGGUGAAUAUUUCUGGUUUUACCAUAAACAAAUGCUGGCUCGUUACUACAUGGAAAGACUGUCCAACGGUCUUGGGGAAAUUCCUGAAUUAGGUCUUGACGUAGUUCAACAAGGAUACGUGCCAGAUAUUUCGUACUUUAAUGGUAUUCAAUUCCCAGUAAGGCCAAACCACUUCAGUCUGGACCAGCCACAGUUUGUUGAUGCCAUAACAAAGAUUACGGAUUACGAGCACCGUGUCCGCGAAGCUAUCGACCAAGGUUACGUCCUCAAUCACAUGGGUGAACAUAUUAACCUUCGAACUCCAGAAGCAAUUGAUGUUCUCGGUCGGUUAGUGGAAGCUAAUGUUGAUUCUCCCAACCCAUAUUACUACAAGGACUUUAUCAGCAUUUGGAAGACUGUUCUCGGAAACACUGUUGGGCAUAGGCGUCAAUAUCAUAAUGGAUUGGUACCGUUGGUGGUUCCGUCAGUUUUGGAACACUACCAGACUGCUUCAAGGGACCCUGCAUUCUUUAUGAUUUAUAAACGUGUAUUGGGACUGUUCACGUCUUGGCAGAAAUAUCUUCCUGCUUACAAGCAUGAAGAACUGGCACUACCAUCAGUUGUUAUUAAGAGCAAGGAAGUAGUCGAUGAUGUCAGAGUAUUGGUUCAGCGUCCACAACUCAACCACAAGGUGUUCACUGUUCGUGUUAAUGUUAAGAGUGAUGUCGCGAAAACUGUCGCUGUGAAAUUCUUCCUGGCACCCAAGUAUGACAGCAAGGGCUAUGAAAUACCUCUUCACGUUAACACUGAAAACUUCUUCUUGUUCGAUCAAUUCUUGUAUGACUUGCCCGUUGGAGAGUGUGUUAUCAAACGUGAGUCGACAGAAAAUUUGUUCACAUCUAAGGGAUGGUCGUCAGCGUACGAAGUUUACGAAAAGGCCUACAACGCAGUGCAUGGCAAAGGACAGUUCGUUCUUGAUCAGACACAUAGAAUUGAUGUAAUCCCCGAUCAUCUUAUACUUCCCAAAGGUCGCGUUGGAGGAAUGCCGUUCGUUCUCUUGGUGUACAUCUCUGAAUAUCAUCCCGCAAAGGUACCAUAUGGCAGCAACUUCGACCCUGCUGUCUCUCUAGGUCUUGGCUCUGGCGCUCGCUACUUGUCUGACGAGCCUUUGGGAUUCCCUCUAAACCGACCUUUGUACCAAUGGCAAGUUGAUGAUAUUCACAACAUAUACUUGCAAGACGUUCACAUCACUCACAAACCUGUGCCUGAAGUUGUUGUUCCUCACGUGGCGUAA